UCCUGCCGGUGUUUUUCGAAACGCUUUCUCGUCGAGCACCGCGUGUCCCCUCUGAGUGCCCGUAACAUGUGUGUCGUGUUGUGCUCGGUCUGUUUUUAACAUGAAAGCUGAUCCUGCAGUGAAUGCAGAAAAACGCCUGACGAGGGAAACCGAGCCGCUUUAAUGGCGGGACUGUAAGACCAAGAGUUUAUUUACACACUUUACAAACACAUACAACAUUAAGUCCCAUCUCAGUGUGCAGCGGACUGUCCAGAAACACUCGGGUAGUUUGUGUGGACAUGAUCCGCUGCCACGCGCUGUUGGUGGGAGCUGUAGCGCGCGCGGCUCGGCGGUGUACCGCAGAUCUCCAGUGUGCUCCGGUCAAGCUGAAGCUGUGUGUCCGAGCUCAGAGACACUGUUGCGGGAGUCCACUGCAUGCCGUAGAUCAGACACACACCAUGGAGGAGAUCAACAACAACUCUGUGUCCACACGACAAGAACAGAGCACUACACAACAGAUGAACACUACCAAGGUCAAGAAGGUCAAAAAAGCUAAGAAAGAGCCGAAGAGAGUGGCAGGCCAGAAGAAGAAGCAGAAGGAGGCGGAGAGCACCAGCAGCCUGAUGGCCGAGCUUCCCUUCUCGAGCACCGAGGUCUGGAAGGAGCUGGGCUUCUCCAGCGCAGACUCGAGUGUGAAGAAGAAGCGUAAGAGAGGAGACGGCGCUCGAGUGGAGAGUGAGGAAGAUGGUGAGAAGAAGAAGAAGAAGGAGACGGCUCGUCCAAACUACUUUGUCUCUGUGCCAAUCACGAACCCAGAGAUCAAGCAGGCGGUGCAGGGUGUGCAGAAGCUGCUGCUGGAGAAGGAUUGUCGUCUGUCUCGAGCACUGAUACCUGUGGACACACUACACAUCACUCUACUGGUGACUCACCUGAGCACACAGGAGCAGCUGGACCUUGCUGUGUCUACAUUAUCAGAGCUGGAGUCUCCUCUGAACGCUCUGCUGGGGGGCCACAGGCUGCUCCUGCCCUUCGCUGGAGUCGCACACUUUAAACAGGAAGUGGCUUUCGUGCAGAUCGCGGCAGGAGAGCAUCUGAGCACUCUCACGCUCAUGGCAGAAAGCAUCAGGAAGGCGUUCGAGGAGCGGGGCAUCGCUUCUGGAGAUGACAAAGCAUUCAAACCUCAUCUGACGUUUCUCAAACUCUCUCGAGCUCCUAAACUACGCAGACAGGGCGUUAAGAAGCUGGAUCUGGCUCUGUUCUCAGAGUUCGAGGGCCGUGUGUUUGGCGAUGAGUGUGUGUGUAGAGUGGACCUGUGCUCCAUGCUGAAGAAAAAGAGUGCAGAUGGAUACUACCACUGUGAGAAGAGCGUCAGCUUCGAUCUUGUGCAAAGCAGGCAGCGUGCCGCACGGACAAGUGUUAAGAAAGCCCCGGAGGAUGAGGAGUUAGUGAGUCUGAGUAAGCGGCUGGUGGAGGAUGCCGUGUUGAGGGCCGUGCAGCAGUACAUGGAGGAGACUCAGCAGAACGGCUCCAUGCUGAAAGACAAGGGUCCACCGGGGGCCACCGGCAAACUCCCCAGCACCAAAUGAGCGCGUGAGCCCCGAGCGACCGGGCGGAGAGCCUCCACACACCUCCACCUGCCAGGGGGCGCCAGAGCGCAGCAGAGAGCCGUUUGAGUCGAGCUGAAGAAGAGCAGAGAGUGAAGACGCACACAGCACUCAAACUGAACUUGAUUUUACUGUCUUUCCCCGUCCUGCAUCACUCUGUCUGUUUGACUUUAUUAGUGACGGAUCCUUCAGAGAACAGCACACGGGUUCACACACACACACACACACACGCGCUGAUGUAGUGUCUGGAGGCUGUUUCAGUCUGUCGGUGUUGCUUUGGCAUCUUGACGUCUGACAGUCUCAGUGAAGUGCUCAGUUUGACUCAUGACCUGCAGGCCUGAAGCCCGAUCCAUGACCUCUGAGAGAGCUGUGAACAUGCUGAGAGUGAUGCUAGACCUGCUGUGUGUGUGUGUGUGUGUGUAACCCUGCAUAUGUGUUUCACUGUCAGAUGAUGUGUGUGUGUGUGUGUCGUAGGGUGUGCGUCUGCUCGGAGCAGAAUGGAUUGUGAAAGAGAGCGCAGGCGGACGCAGGUAGAGGCCAUCAAGACACUGUUAGCACAGGAACACAUCCAAGCUAAGAUCCGACAGGAACUGGACUCGGCCGUCAGAGGAAGUCCACAC